AUGGCAUCCACGAUUCAGCAGCCGCCCCUUCUGUACACCAUCACAGGCCCCGAAGACCUCCUAAGCGAUGAUGACGACAUAACGUCAUAUUUGAACGACGUGGAGGAUGAGGAGGGAACGGGGAGUGAGGUGCCGCUGGCCGCACCUCUCCUCUCUCAUGCGCACUCACCAAAAAUGGGACCGGAAGAUCUCUACACUCCAAACGAUGUUACUGCUGCUGGUGACGGUAGUGGGCGACGGCGAAGUGGGAGUCGUUUUCAUUCAGAUGUGCCGCCGUUAAACGAGCCGCGACGCUUCUGGCAGUUGGUGGUGGGUGCCUUGUGCUGCUUUGCCGUCUCGUCCUCCUACGCGUUCAAUCUCUACAGUGGCCAGCUGCAGUCCAAAUAUAACUUUACGCAGAACCAGAUGACGACCAUUACGACCCUGAGUGAUGUUGUGGGGGGAUUCACCCUCCCAUUCGGCGUCAUUUACGAUUAUUACGGUGCCAAGCCGCUUUUCGUGAUUGCAAUGAUAACAUUUCCGCUGGGUGCUGUUAUGUUCGGUUUAACGUAUGCAGAUGCCAUAACUGGCUCCGUACCGGCGUUCGCUGUCUACGCCUGUUUACAGUCUUUGGGCACCUCGAUGCUUGACAUUUCCGCCGUCAUGACAUUGUUGUCGAUAUUCCCAGCGAACAGGGGCGCCGUUGUGGCCGUCAUGAAGACGUUUUCUGGAAUGGGAUCGGCCAUUCUUGGCGCCAUACACAUGGCGUUUUUCGGCACAGAUAGCUAUAGCGAUACAAGUCGAUUUUUCUUCCUUCUUGCUUCUGUGACAGCUGUCGUUUCUUUCCUCGGCUUCCUGUUUGUGGAGGUGCCGCCGUACAUGAUCAAGGGCUGUGAGGAAGGCGUCCUCUCUGAGGAGGAAAGACGGGUGCGGCGCCGCUACAGGAAACAGUACCUGCGGCGGAAGGCACCAACCGCCCGCUUCGCUAUUGGGUUUACAGUUCUCAUCGCCUUGACAAUAUUCCUCCCAGUACAAGGCGCGUUGUCAGCCUUCAUGAAUCUCAGCCAUGCGUCUCACGUCGCCUUUGCGUGCAUCGCAUUGGGUCUCUUUGCAUUUUAUCCGCUCAUGGCAUUGCCGAUCAAGGCGCUUGACCGCAAAUUGCAGCCGCUUGAAGUCGGUAGCUACUCUUCGGGCUCCUGCCGUGUGAGUCGAAUGAGUCGUCUAAGCCGAAUGACUAGAGAAAGUACAGACAGCACGGCUCUUGCGGCGGAGCUUGACUACAUCGCCCCGCAAUUUCAGACGACUUUAGUGGAGAAUCUGCGAACGUUUCGUUUCUGGGCGUUGCUAUGGACGAUGUUUUGCUUAUUUGGGGCACAAAUCAUUGUAAUUGGCAAUGCGCGCUUUCUUUUUGGCGCUCUGGCGGGAAAUGCACUAGAUGAAGCGUUUGUAGCACUCCUCGUUGUGAUAAUGGGUGUCGGCAGUGGGGUUGGCCGUAUUCUGCUAAGCAUUCUCGAGAUGGUGACACAGAAUCGUUCAGCUGAAGAUCGUAUACCCAUUACCUUCGCUUUAUUUGUUCCAACCGGUCUCACAGUGGCGACAAUCGCGCUACUGCUGCUUCUGCCACGUAACGCACUCCCUCUGCCUUGUUUUACUAUGGCGCUUGCCAAUGGAUGCUCGGCUGCUGCAAUUGUGAUCGUCGUACGCACCAUAUAUGCAGCUGAUGUUGCAAAACACUACAAUUGCUGCAUGAUCACCGGCAUCGCCGCUUCGGUGCUGAUGAAUCGGUUGCUUUACGGUGAGUGGUACACACACCAGGCUGCAAAGCGGGGCAGCGCUGUGUGCUUCGGCAAGGAGUGUGUUCUCAUGCCUUUGUUGGUGUGUUUCGGAAUGAACCUAUCGGCGGUGUUUUCUUCUGCUUUGAUCCAUUGGGAUUACGAGAAGUACUGUCGCAAGAUGCUUGAUAUGCGAAAGCGACGGCUGCGACGUGCGCAGUCUCGAUCUGUUUGCCAUGCCAACAGCAAUAAUAACGAUGAUGAUGAUGGUGGUGCUUCGAUCGAGGCAAAAACAACAGUAGGAUCGUAG